UGUCCUCUCACUGACUCAGCAGAUAUGAGUGGAUAUAAACAGGAAGGCCAAGUCGCUGUGGAGGCACAUAGACCAUGGCGUGGCUGCUGAGCAUCAUCACCUGCCUUGGUGGCCUGUCACUGCUGCAUGCAAAACCUUCAGAAUAUCAGUUGGAGUCAGAGCCACUGAGCCGCUGUGAGUCGCUGAGGGGUGUGGCCGUAGCCAACAAAAAAGUUGUUGUUCCCCAGUGUUCAGAGGAUGGAAGUUUCAGACCUGUGCAGUGCAGUGGGCGUGGUCACGAGUGCUGGUGUGUGGACGCUGCAGGUCAAGAGAUCGUGGGAACUCUAACCAACAACUCUGCUCUUCACUGCCCGUCUCCAUGUCAGCUCCAGUCUGAGCUGCGGUGUUCUCCUUCAGGCCAGUUUGAGUCAAUUCAGUGUGAUACCAACAGAGGACACUGUUGGUGUGUGGAUCAUGACGGCAUGGAGCUCUAUGGGACCAGACAGAAUGGGAGACCUCAACAAUGUCCUGGCAGCUGUGAGGUCAGAGGGAGGCGGCUCCUCCAUGGAGCCUCAUCCUCUAUGUCUCCUCCUCAGUGUUCCAGAGAUGGUAGAUUCCUCCCUGUUCAGUGUAAAUUUAUCAACAUGACGGACAAAUCUGAGCUGGACCUGCUGCAAGCUUUCAGCAGGUUUCCAGAAUCCUUUUCCACCUUUAGCAGUUUCAGAAAGACCUUUCCGAUGGUUUCCUCAUACUGUUACUGUUCCGACAGCAGAGGGCGAGAGCUGGACAACACAGGUCUGGAGCUCCUCCUGUCGGGCGUUGACGACUCUGCCUUCCUUGGUCUUGGCUCAGUUCACUCCUUCUCUCAGACCAAUGUUUACCAAGUCCUGCAGAGAAGGAUGCUGGGAGUUCGUCUUGCCCUCACUGGCUUCUUCAGAUGUCCUACUUCCUGCGAGGAGGAGCGUAGGGCAGCAACAGCAGCAGCCAAUCUUUACGUGCCUUCCUGUGAGAGGGAUGGAGCCUACACUUCCAGACAAUGUCAGCAGGGGGUGCAGUGCUGGUGUGUGGAUGCUACAGGAAGAGAGAUUCCGGGAACCCGACAGCUUGGAGAUUCACUGGUCUGCAGUCCCGACCAAAAUUGUUUCUCUCGACGACGUCUGGCUUUGUCACAGCUCUUCUCUGGUCCUGUGGCUCCUUCGCCGUCUCUCUCCUCUUCUCCUCCAGCCUCUUGUCUGUCUCUUCUUCGGCCCCUACAGCCCCUUUUGCCUACACAGGAGAACCCAACCUCCCAUCUGUCCCUCAUGCUCGAGGUCUUCCAUGGUCUCUUCCCUUCAGUUGGUGAAGCUUUUAAGGCUCUAGUGUCGGUCUCUCCUCACCUCCUCCAGGAGGAGCUGUUUGGUGGGGAGUUUCUGACAAGUGUAGCAACCUUUAACCUCAGUGGUGCAGUAGGGGCUCGAGGAGCCGUGGAGCUACUUUAUUCUCAGAAAAAUGGGGAUCUGGUCCUGUCCGUGAGCCGAGCCCUGGAAGAUCCAGCCUUCCUCUCCUCUGUGCGUCAAGCUCUGACGGGGCUCAGCAGCUCCCUCCGUCUGCAGGAGGUUCUGACUCCUCUGCUGCAUUACUGUACUGCUGAGGAGCAGAAGUACUCAGAGGCCGUUGUUGUUCCCAGCUGCACCUCCAGCGGUGCUUUCCAGGAAGUUCAGUGUCACAGCGGAGAGUGUUGGUGCGUUGAUUCUCGUGGUCAGGAAGUCACAGGUUCACGUACAUCAGGUCAGAGACCUCGUUGUCCAUCUCGCUGCGAGAAGGAACAAGCUGCAGCCCUUAGGGUGAGGGGAAGUUUGGCUGCUGGAGCUGAACUACACAUCCCAGCAUGCUCAGAGAACGGCGACUUCCUGCCACUGCAGUGUGUCGGAUCCCGCUGCUUUUGUGUGGACGCAGAGGGAAAAAGGACUGCCGAGCCGUCGGGGAACGCCCUCACCUGUGCAGAGAUGAAGCCACAGCGUGUCUCAGGUGCGUGCUCUGGGCUACUCUCCAAGGUGACGACCUUUAGAGAAGAGGUGAGCAGCCUUGUAGCUCUCUCACGCUCCUCCCACCUCGCUCUGGGGCUGGGUGUCCUGUUGGCUGAAGGUCUAAGUCUGACACCUGAGGAGCUGCAGCUGAGCCAACCAGAGGAGGCGCUGCAUAUUGGUGAAGAGCUGCUCAGUGGAACCAGAGCUGCUCUGCGAUUGGCUGCUUUUUCAACUGUUCAGAUGUAUCUGCAUCCUCUGGGACGCUCCUACCAGCCCUACACCCCGCAGUGUGACGCUGAUGGAAACUGGCUGCACACACAGUGUCACCACAGCACAGGUCAGUGCUGGUGUGUUGAUGACGAUGGUGAUUACAUGGCUAACUCUCUGACCAGCCGCUCAGUGAAGCUGCCCAAGUGUCCGACUAACUGUCAAAGAGCUCAGGCACACACUCUUCUCUCUGGUUGGAGGAAAUCUUCAGACGUCAGCACUACUGUACCACCACAGUGUGACGAGAACGGUCGUUACUCACUGCUGCAAACAGGAGGCGCUGGAGGCUCCUGUGUAAACCCUCUAACAGGAGAGGAGAUGCAGACGGCAACAAGGAAUAGUGCAGAGCAGCUAACAUGUCCCACUUGGUGUCAACUUCAGGGUGGUCAGUGUGACUCAGACGGACUCUUUAUUCCACUGCAGUGUGAUGAAACUUCCUGUUGGUGUGUGUCUGUGGAUGGACAGGAAGUAGGUGGAACCAGGACACCACAGGAGACACAACUAAAACCAUCUUGUGAUCGUCCGCUGUGUCGUCCAUCUCCUGGCAUUAACCAUGGUGCACUGCUCUGCCACACGUUGUCAGAUGGUCGUCAGACCUGCGAACUGAUUUGUCACCAUGGUUACCACAACACACUUCCCAUCAGCAGCUUCCUCUGUGACACAGAGAGUCAACAGUGGGUUGGAGACUUUACACCCGUGGGCGGAGCCUGUCAGAUCUCUCAGCCUCUGCAGGUGCUGUCUCAUUCUCAGCUCUUUUCCUUGUCGUCGCCCUGCUCUCAGAUCAGCACUUUGCAGCCUCUUCUGGUACGCUCUUUGACCAGCCUGGGCCUCUGCUCUAUGCAGCUUCCCGUGUCGACCUCCUCAGUGCUGGUGUGCGACCAGUCGUCUGUGCAUCUCCAGUGUGAUAGUGACCAGUCUCUGAAGUUGACCGUCACGUGGAGAGUCGCUUUCUCUGACGUUCCAACGUCUGACCUUCCUCACCUCCAUGAUAUCGUUCUGUUCCUGAAUGAGUCCAGACUUCUGGAAGGAGUCCAGCAGCUUUUGGGUAACAUCAAGUCCACACUGGUUUCCACAACACCUCCCAUCUUUGGCUGUUCCCAUGGUUACCAUCUGACCAAUAACAGUGAAGGCUGCCUUGUUUGUCCCGCGGGCACCUUCGCCACAGAGGGGGCGUGUCUUCUGUGUCCACCUGGGACUUAUCAAGAUGAAGAGGGGAGGAGCCAGUGCAGCAAGUGCCCCACAGGGUCUUCACCUGCUGGAGCAACAUCUGUCAAUCAAUGUGUGACCGAGUGUCAGAAGCGAGGCAUGCGGUGUUCAGAGCGAGGCGACUUCCUGUCAGCACAGCCUGGCCUGUCUGGAAGGUGGAGGUGUUUGAGCAGCGAGGGGGUGGAGCUUGAGUGGACCAGUAGUGACAAAGCGCUGACUGAUGAGGAGUGUACAAUUUUCAUCAGUGUCCAGACUGUUUCUGGUUCAGAUUUAAUCCUUGGUACUGAAGAUGUUGAGCUUCUGCAGACGAUCACGUCAGAUCUGAAAGGCUGCAUCCAAGCCUGUGCAGCAGAGCCGUCCUGCCACCAUGUAGCGCUGUUUGACAGUCAGACUCAGUGUGAACUGUACAGCACACAGACACUGAACACACAGUGCGUCACCUCUCAGCAGACCAAAGGGUUUCUGGAUAAUCCUGAGGCCGAGGUCUUUGAUUGGGUCCACUGCUCUGUGAAAGUGAGGGGCAGUGCUUCAGACCUGCUGGUUAUUAGAAAGAAAGGGGAGGGGUCAUCCUCUACUUUUGUGAGGUCACCGAUGAUGAAGGCGGUUUCUGGAGUGUUCAAGACUCAGAUGUUCUCGUCCACAAGGACCACUUUGACGGACGCCUAUCGUUUCUGUCAGGACGGCUGCAGCCAGGACUCCUGCUGUGAAGGCUAUGUCCUCAACCAAAUCAUUGUUAACGGAGGUUUUCAUUUGUGUGGUUGGCUGAGUUCUCCAUCAGUCCUGAUGUGUGGGAAGGGUGACUGGGACGUGAUUGGACACGGAACGGCCAAUCGUAUCUGUGGGGCAGGACUCACCUACAAUGAGCAGCAGAAGAGCUUCCUGUUUGACUUCGGUGGUCAAACGUUCAACAUCACGGACUCUUCUCUGCCGUCUGAUUCAAAGAACAAAGACUACCAGUCAUCCAUCGUUAGUUUCCAGGGCAUUUAUCUGAACACAGGUUCUCCAGUUUCUGGUUCUCCUUUGUCCUGUGCAGCAGCAGAACCAUCUUCUCCCCUGGAUGGUACAGUGCACAAGAAAUUCCGAUCUGUACCAGAAGACGACGUGGUCGUCGACCCUCACAAGAAACUCUCUGCUCUCAGAUUCUUGCUCAACAAAAAGUCCUUCAACUCCCAACAUGCUUUGCUCUGGUGUCUGACACGCUGUGAUGCUGAGUCUCUGUGCGCCGUCGCUGACCUCACAGAAGCUGAAACAGCAGGUUUCUACAGCUGCUCCCUGUUUCCUGACACACGGGUCUGUGGCGCCUACGACAAACCGCUGAGGGCCGCGUGUCGCCUCCUGUUGAACAGAGCGCCCAACAACACCCACAUCAAAAGAGUGGAGCUGUCGGGACCAGUGAAGAGCUUCUAUCAGAGGAUUUCCUUCCAGAAGUUUGAUUCUUACAGCGUCCGCAGUCGAGUGUCGCUGGGAGAAAAUGCCCCACUGACACAGGGGUUCAGGGAGUGUGAGCGUCGUUGUGAUGAAGAUCCUUGUUGCCGUGGUUUUGGAUUUGUCCGAGACGCUAAAUCUCCAGGUGGAGCCAAGGUGGUGUGUGUGUCCCUGCUCAGCCUGGGCGUCCUCACCUGUGAUGAAGCCUCAGAGAGCAGCUGGAGACGUCAGGACUGUGCUCCGCCUGCAGUCCUCAGUUCUCCAGAACCAUUUGGAUGGUUCCUAAAACCUGUCCAACAGUGGACUUCUGCUCCCGCUCUUUGUCCUGAGUUUGGUCUGACAGCCCCCAACGUGUCUCUGUCCAAAUGGCGUCUUCUAGACGAAUCCUCUGUCCUCGUGGACCCUUCGGUCUCCACCUAUGAUGUCAUCCACAUCAGCAGUGACAUCAGUGGAGACCAGGACAAAACAAGGAACUGGUGUCUCCACGCCUGUCAGGAGGCGGAGUCAUGUGUGGCCGUGUCCCUCAGUGAGGGACAGUCGGGCGUCCGCUGCGUCCUCUACCCGGAUACCACGACUUGUGGACUAAGCUCCUCCCCCCACUCCUCCCAGUCUACAUCUUCCUGCAGGCUGUUGCUCAGAGAACCUGCUGAUACCGUUUACCUCAGGGCAGAUCGCCCCCCUGUGGUGACCACUGUGUCCAUCCCGGGUAAUGGACUCCUGCAAGGCUCCACUGUGGAGACGUGGCUGGGCUCUGAACAAAGAACGGUGGUCCAGUUCCUGGGUGUGCCCUAUGCCCGUCCACCAACCUCCUCACUCCGCUUUCAGAAUGCUCAGCCAUUUAACUGGACAGGAACCUGGGACGCCACAAAACCACGUGCCACCUGUCUGCAGCCAGGGGACACAACGUCCGACUCGUCCAGUGAAGACUGUCUCUACCUGAACAUCUUCUCACCUGCUGCUCGGAGGGGGAAUGUCCCAGUCCUGGUCUUCUUUUUCAACCCUUCAGCAAAUCCGAGCCCUGCGUUGCUUCACGGCUCCACCCUUGCUGCAGUGGGCAACAUCGUGGUGGUGACGGCCAGCUAUCGAACAGCAGCACUGGGAUUCCUGAGCACCGGUGACGCUCAUCUCCGUGGUAUGUACGGGCUGUCGGACCAAGAGGCCGUGCUUCGAUGGGUCCAUGCCCACAUUGCUCUGAUGGGCGGAGACAACAGCAGAGUGACUGUGGGGGCGGAGCGCGGCGGCGCUGACAUCACCAGCCUUCACCUGCUGUCGUCGGCGUCGUCUCUGUUUCACAGGAUGAUCCUGAUGGGCGGCUCCCUCUUUUCUCCCUCCUCCGUUUCUUCAUCCUCCUCCAGUCUGGUGAUGGAUUUAGUGUCAGAACUUGGCUGUGUGAGUUCAGAUCCCUCCGUCAUCUCCUCCUGCCUCAGAGCCUUGUCGGCUCAGACCCUGAAUGAGGUUCAGACAAAGCUGCUGGCUGUCAGCGGCCCAUUUCACUCCUGGUCACCACCCCGUCAGUCCACACUCCAGGUACCGUUGUCGACACUCAGCAGAGUGGACCUGCUGUUGGGGACAUCAGAGCAGGAUGGGCUGAUCGGUCGAGCCCGCAGAAUCAAGGACUUUGAGGCUCUUCAGGGUCGUGUGAACGGGAAAACGGCAUUUUAUGAGGCGCUGAGUCGCUCACUGGGUGGAGAGACAGGAAACCCGCUGCUGAAAGAGGCGGCUACUUGGUUUUACUCCUUGGAUCACAGUCCAACACCACAGGGCUAUAGCCUGUUUUCUAGAUCGCUCAACAACGCCACCAGGGAUCUGUUCAUUACCUGCCCCAGCCUGCAGAUGGCAAACUUCUGGGCUAAGAACAGCCAAUCUAAUGUCUUUCUGUAUCACUUGCCAGCCUCCACCAUGAAUGACAGAGCCGACGUCUUUGUUCCUUUGGAUGUUCAGCUGGUGUUUGGAGUUCCUCAUCAGCCAACCAGUUAUCAGCGUUUCACUUCAUCUAACCGCCGCCUCUCUCUGGCCAUGAUGAGCUACGUUGCCAGUUUCGUAAAGACUGGAAACUCAAAUCCAUCGAAGAAGUGGGCGGAGUCAUCACUCCCACGCUGGCGAGGGGUUCAAUCAUUUGAAGACUCACCCACUUACCUGGAGCUGAGCCCCUCCCUAAUGAACCGACAGGGUCUGCGUCAAAGAGCCUGUUCUUUUUGGAAUCACAUGAGGACGAAACUGAGCAGAGAGAAUGUUGCUCUUAAGGUGGACUCUUUCAGAACUGACCAUGUACCAAAAUCCAGAUCGUUUGUGUCGUCAAGGACGACCUCAUACUGAGGCCUAAGAAAAUACAGAGAUGAAAAUACACACACCCAACAUUGACUGAUCUGCUAGGCAUAUUUAACUCUGAGAAUAAUCCCUGACACAGACACUACAAUGGUGAAUAAAGAGCAACAUUAAAACCAAUUUUGUCUGUUUGUAAUUUUACACAACGUCAGAAAACAGAAGAGAAGGAGAAAUGUGAAGAGGAGCAACUUUGAGGAAAAAAGGAGGAAUGUGAAGCAUAAUGUGAAAGGAGGAGUAGGAUGAAGGAAAGACAACUGAGAGGAAGAGAGAGGAAAGUUGGAUGACGACAAGAAAAACAGAAGGGAGAAAAUGAAGAAAAUACCAAAAAUGCAGAAGGAGGUGAAGGAGAGGAAAAGGAGAAAAGAGGAUGAACACGAGGGGCAAAAACACUGGAUGGAAAGAAUGAAAACUGUUAGUAAAGAAUCUCCUAACGGAAUAAAAAGGAGCCAACUGAGAAAAGGGAAGAGCAGUGAUUCAGUGAGGAAGGAGAGGAGCUAGAAAGUGUGGUAAAAGAGAACAAACUGGAGAGAAUGAAAGGAGGUGGCCUUUUUAUUUGACCAUACAACAUAACUUAGAAAUAAACGUGAAGCAGGAAAGUGAGUCAUGAACAUGUGAGAGAGAUGGAACCCUCUGCUCCUCCUCCUCAGCUCCUCCUCCUGCACCCCCUCACCUGGGAGGCAGGUGCGAGUAUAAAAGAGUCUUUCUACUAGUGGAACCAGACUCCUUCUCAGGCUCACACUCACAUCUUUGUUUCUCCGGACUCUGAAGUUUCCUGCUCAAAGAUGGAGACUGUGUUGGUCCUCCUGCUUCUCACUGCUGCCUCCUCCUCGUCUUCUUUGUCAGUCAGGGUUGACGUCACAUCAGUUGCUACUGUUUCCAUGACAACUGGUACGCCAGUGGUCACCUCCAACACCAUCAACGUGACCACUGGCCUCACAACUUUGGCCAAUGGAUCAACCUCAGCUGCUCCGCCCAUUUCCACGACCUCCUUCAGUAAUACAACCAACCAGAUGUCAACCCUCAACUCCACCAUGGCUCCACCCACCGUCUCCUCCAACACAACCACAGACGGAAACUCGACGGCAAGCACGGGCCCGACAUCUUCCAGUUCUAGCACCACAAACAGUGGCAACGGUACUCUGACAACGUCCACAGGCGUGGACACCAACAGCUCAACAGUCAGUCAGCCAAUCACAUCGUCACAAAGCACCAGCAGCACUCCAGGAGGAGGAGGAGGGGGUGGAGGUGUCCCCGGGUGGGGCAUCGCUCUGUUGGUUCUGGCUGCUCUGAUUCUGCUGAUGCUGCUGCUGCUGCUCAUUGGGCUGCUGGUGUGGUACUGCUGCUGUAGGGGGCGCAGCAAGACGUUCAGUCCUUACGAAAACCUGAACCCCAAAGACAACAUCCCCCUGUACACCACCCACAGCCACUUCCAGGGACCCAACGGUAAAUCCUACGAGGAAUUUGACCAAACCAUGAGGGACCGCUCUGGUCUUUACACCGUGAACCAGUGAAGGUUCCAGGAGUUCAGUCUUCGUCCAGGAGUUCAGUCUUCGUCCAGGAGAGACGACGUGACACGAAUGAACCAAGAAGCAGAGACAGGUGUUUGUGCAGAUGUUUAAUUUAGACACAUUGAUCUUUGACAUGAAAAAAACAAACAUCCACUACAUUAAAUUAACAUUGUU